AUUGGCCUGUCUGAGUGUCACGUGGUCCAGGCUGGAUGAUGGCGGGCGCUGGGGAAGAUGCGCGAGCUCUCUUCAGGGCUGGCGUCUGCGCAGCGCUGGAGGCCUGGCCCGCCUUGCAGAUCGCUGUGGAGAAUGGCUUCGGGGGCGUGCACAGUCAGGAGAAGGCCGAGUGGCUAGGGGGUGCAGUGGAGGAUUACUUCAUCCGUAAUGCUGACUUGGAGCUAGAUGAGGUGGAGGACUUCCUCGGGGAGCUGAUGACCAAUGAGUUUGAUACUGUGGUGGAGGAUGGGAGUCUGCCCCAGGUGAGCCAGCAGCUGCAGACCAUGUUCCACCACUUCCAGAGGGGUGAUGGGUCUGCUCUCAGGGAGAUGGCCUCCCACAUCACCCAAAGAAAGUGUAGGGUCACAGCCACCACGCUUAAGACAACCAAAGAGACUGAUGAGGAUGAAGAUGAUAUGGACAGUGUGGAAGAGAUGGAGCUUACAGCUACGAAUGAUGGGGCCACUACAGAUGGAGUUUGCCUCCAGCCUGAACCCUCUGAUCCAGACACCCAGACUAUUAAGGAAGAGGAUAUAGUAGAAGAUGAUUGGACCAUUGUCCGGAGAAAGAAAUGAGUGGUUCUGGAAAUGGUUUGGGUCCUUGUUUGGUAGUUGUUUUGAGACUUGUUUGUAAGAGCUUUUUUGGAGGGUUGUAGCCUUCUAGACUGGUUACCCCAUUCCCAUUGUC